AUGAUCAUAAGUCUCUAUUAUGAACAAGAUUCAAUCAUCCCAGUCUUUGAAUUAUCAACUAGUUUGUUCAAGAUCAUUGAAUCAACUUUAAGUAUAUUAAAUUGUAAAGAUGAGGUGAAACUAAGGAGCUUGAACAAUUCUGACUUGAAAGUUGAUUGGAGGUUGAGAUUGGGUGAAUGGACACCACAUGGUAUAAAUGAUUCAGAUUUAAGAUUAAUUUAUAUGAUAGAUUGUGUUUGUAUCUUUACAAUUUUCAAACUAUAUUUCAAUCAAAACAAGGAUUUAUUUUUACUGGGAUUAGAAAUUGAUAGAAGAAUAGAGUCUGACCCUGAUUUGAGUACACCCAAUAUUGUGAAACAAGUUAUUAGAGGCUCAAGUUCAAUUAGGUAUGUCCUUGCCGCCAUUCUUAAUGAUGACAUUGAAGACAGAUUUCAUGACUUGAACCAUGUAAAUAUAUUGAAUUUUUUAUCUCCAUUUGGAAGAAGAAAUGGUUCAGGUGCAUUGAAUGCUGAUGUUAGGUGGUAUGUCGGUGCUAUGUUGGCUUUAGGCUCAGAUUUAAAUGAAGUUGUUGAGACUCUCAUAGAUUUAGAACCGAAUGAUCGUUAUGAUGAAGAUAUACGAUACAUGUUUGAUUAUGAAUAUGAAGAUUUCCAUUAUGAAGAGAUUUUCCAAGACGAUGAAGAUGCACAGGAAGAGCAAGAAGAGCUGAGAAAUGGAGGCUCAAUUGUUUAUGAAGAUGAAGAUGGCCAUUUACAUAGAGUUGUUAGGAAAAGAUGUACUUGUGUCUUUCUCGAAGAGCCAGAAGAUGAUGAUGAUGAUGAGGCUAAAGAAUUGGACGAAAUCCAAAAGUACAAGGAUGAACAAAUUAAGAAUUUUUCCAAAGAAAAUGUUCCGACAGCGGUUAGAUCCGAUGAGAAUAUUGAAUUUGAUGAAAUGGGUCGUGAUUGGAGAGAUAUUCCAAGAGGUGGUAACAUUUUUUUCAACACUGAUAUUAAACUAGACGAUACCACUUGUUUGGAUUGGGAGGAACUGCUACAAGUAUUUGAUAGAAUGUCCAAAGAACCCAUCUCUCAUGAAUUGGCUCAAAAAGUUAUUUUCACAAUUGCAAGAGCUGUCAAAUUAGAAUUUGAACAAGAUAUUAAUAGAAGUGUAACCGGUGGUUCAAAAGAUCAGGAAACUUCAGAUGUUAGAAUUAUUACACCAGAUAAGAUUUAUGAAAAAUGGAGCUAUGAUUGGAUUUUUGAACCUAUGUUGAUAUACAACCCAGCUGCUGCUUAUGCAAUGCUUGAUGAAAUGUUAAUGGCGCAUGGUUACAGAAGGGUUAUAAUUUGGUUUAUUACCCAUUUAUCACUUUCUUUCCAAUUGAUUAAUUAUAUUUUUGAAUUGUUGAUUGGCAUUCGGGGUGAAAAGCAACAAAAAGAUAAAACUGGGGCCAAUAAUUAUAUUUUUAGUAGACAAGGCCCUUUGGAAUUGUCAGAGAUCGAAAAAUCAAUGUUGUUGCAUGAGUUUUUAAACAAUUGUUUGAUUCCAUUAUCUAAAAACACACAUCAUGAGAGUGGAAGGUUGGAAGAAAGUCAAUAUAUUCAAAAUUUAUCAGAGUUUGAGAAAAAUGUGAAGAUUGUCAAGUUGAUUUGUCUUUUAAUCAACAGAUUAACCUCACAGGGAACCAUUGACCUAGAGGAGUAUAGGAUUGAACUCACAGCCUUAUUUAUUAAUUGGAUAGGCGUUGUACCUGAGGCCCGUGAACUCUUUUUUUAUAUGAAUAAAAAUCAUCAGUUGGAAAGUCAAGGAAUCGGUGCUGAUAAAGAAUUGGUAGAACCUGAGGAUAGAGAUGAACUAGUUUUGAAACCAGCAACGAAGAAAACAAAAAAAUUUAACCCAGAUUUGAAAGUACUUUUGGGAAAUGUGUUGAAAAAAAUUGCAGAUAAUAACAAGACAGGGAAUUUAUUAUUCCAACCUUUUUUUGAGCUGAUUGAUCAUGAUUCUGAUGCUCCCCAAGAUGAUGAGGCUGGAGAGCUUUCAAAAGAUUCCAAAGACGAUAUCAAAAAUUUCCUAGAUAAAAAUCAAAAUACGAAUAGCACUUAUGUCAAAGGAACUUUAACUCCAAUGAUCAGAAAUGAAGAACUGGAGCACGAAAAGAUUGAACAAGCAAUCUUGCAGAGAUAG